AUGGGUCCAUCACUCAGAGGUCACACCUCCAUGACCUCAAUGGCACCACGACCUCAAACGCGUGAUACGAAUCGACCGGCGACGAGAGAACAGGUGGACAAUGCUAUGAUCCCAAGUAGGACCUCCUCUCUACAUUCGAGAAUCACCCAACCCCUACCUUCAACUCUUGCAAAGUCAAACAACCGACCAACUCCGAAAACCCUCACUCAUGCCUAUAUGGUAUGUGGUGUUGGAAGGGAGCCUUCGCAAUGGGUCAAAGCGCCCCCACCGUCCCACGGCAAGAUCCAGCAUAUGAAAGGAGCUGUUGGCCAAUUCUGGCUCCCUGAAAUUCUGGGCAGCAGUCCCCGUUUGGAAACCGACAAUGAAAUUGCACGAGCAUUGCACAGCGCCAUGAGGGACUCCCAGCAUACACUUUAUGGCAUUGCCCUCAGAGUCUGGUCGAGGGCUGAUGAGAAGAGAGCAGAGACAAUUCGAGAUUUGCGACGAAAAACGGAGCCAGAUUACCGUGAUAUUGCCGACGAAACCUACUGGAUUCCAUACUGCUUAAGCUUCCUGUCCCGAUAUCCCUUGUACAAUCUACUCGGUGAUUAUCUGCGAGGCAUGUGGAUUCAUUGGAACAAGGCCACCAACCUCUUCCAUGCCGAGGAGGUUUCCAGAAUUCUCAGCUUCCCAGCACCACGUCUCAAUGAUUUGGUUCGAAUCGACAUGAAGGAUUAUGCGCUGUGCUACCAGUUUCCAUCAUCACCAACUGGUUUCCAGAACUUUGCCAUGUGGCCAUUGUUCAACUGCCUGACCAUUCCCAACAUUGUGGGGUUGAUUGAAGCAGCUGUAUCGCCAACUCGUCGUAUCAUUUUGACCAGUCACCAUCCGGCAAUGCUGACCAUUGCUGCUGAGACCAUUCGAUUCUGUGUUCGAGUCUACGAGUGGAGUGGCUUAUACGUGCCAGUGGUUCAUGCUCGUAAUGUCAGCGAGAUGGUUCAGGAGCCCGGCCCAUAUAUUCUUGGUAUUACAACUGAAUGCAGAUCUCUUUUCCAGCCUCCGAAGGAUGCACUUCUGGUUGACCUAGAUCGCAAUCUGGUCAUCACAGAUCAUCCACCCAAUAUUCUAACUGCUGGUCAGCGAACAAAGAUGAUCAAUCGUCUGACUCAAGCCCUCAACAGCGAUGUCGACAUCAGCGGUGUUCCCCAACAUCUCAAAUCUGCCUACGGUGGUGGCAAGCUGAUCCCAGCUGGUCAGAUUAUCGUUCUCCGUGGCGAAGUUGAGAGCAUUCAAGAUCCUUCGUGGUGGAAUCAAGAUUCUAUCAUGGCCGUGAUGGAUCAUGUAUGCGAAAAGCUCGGUCGCAACACAGGUGUCAAGGCAUUGUUUGGAGGUGCCACCAAGAAGCCUUUGAUGACCAAGAUCUCUAUGAGACACAUGAAUGAGAUCGUUCGUGAGCGCAAUCAAUAUUCACGAGACGCCCUAGAAGCAUGGCAAGAUUUCAUCAAUCUCAAGGGCCGCAUGGACACCGAACUUGCCAAAGUUGCCAAGCGAAACAACUACUUGGAGCAAGAAGUCGAGACAUGGAAAUUACAAUUCCAGAAAUUCCAAGCCUUUGUCGAAUCCCUCAACAAGGAAUUGGCUGAACUUCGUGUCAAGAUCGAAUCCCACAAGAGAGAGAACCGUAGACUCACCGGUCUCAUCGAUCAACAGAAGGAUGACGCCGCUCGACUUACACUCCGUCUUUCUGGUACCGAGAGACAACGUGACAAUGCUCUUGAGGCACUUGUCCUACAACAAGGUAUCGCUGAAGAUCUUGAGAAGGAACGUUCUCGCAACCGAAAGGAGAUUGCUGCUAUGCAACACGCCAACCAAACACUUCAGCGACAGCGAGACGAAGCUCAAAGAGUAGUCCUGCAUCUUCGCUCUCUUAUCACUGGUCAAACCCACCACAUGGAGCACAUCGUGCGCUCCAUCGGAUCUGCAUCCGAAUUGGCUGAAUACAUCCAUGAAGGUUAUGAUGAGGACGAUGGUGAGGAAGACGAAGGAAUUGAAGAACACAAUCGCCUGAGGAAUGUGACGUCCCGAUCUGCGAAGCGCGCGUCGCGAGCAGGCUCGGUCGAUGGUCAAGAUGUGACUCCGUCGAUGGAAAGUCAACUCCUGGCAACAACCAAGCGAGCUAGUAAACGCUAUUCACAACUCAGCAUGUCUGACGUUGCAGAUCGUCACCUUCGUGACAAGACGGACGCAAUUGCAGACAUCAUCCGAAAUAUCAGCGAGCAGUGCGCCGCUGCCGUUGAAGGCCUCCAGCUUGCCAAUGAAGCUGCUGAAAUCGAAGAUGAAGAUGCAGGUGACGUCGAAGCCGAGGAGACUGGUAUCUCACCAUCAACAAACCAUACACGUGAAGACAGUGGCAACCUGUCUCCCAUAGAAAACCUCACCACUGACUCUCGCACUGGCACUGGGCAUUUGACCCCUCAGAGUGAACGAAGUUCCAUCCCCCCUACACCAGAUCUAGUUCACCAGAGAUCUAGCACCGCCUUGAGCAUGGCGAGCACCGCACCGACCAACUACACGGCACGCGAAUCACUGAACCACAACACUCGUGGUGACAGAACCAAGAUCGUCGAGGAUGAGGAUGCAGAUGGUGCCCAUGCGAGCGCAAGCACUCAUGGUACAGCCCUUGCGAAGGGUGAACUUGAGGACAACCUCAAGCAGCCACCACCAGGCAGAGGUGCUGUGCUUAGUCGAGUGAUGGAAACAUCAUAA